UUGGCAGAGAGCCCUCCGGUUCACCAGCAAGGGGCGAGGCGGGGCCCCGGAGCCGUGUCCAUGGGCUGGGGGCACGGCUGGUGUCUGCUGCUGCUCAGCCUGACUGUCCGGGGAGCAGCAAGUGCUGAGGCCCCUGCAGCAGAAAGACAGCAGCAGGCUGCGGACAUAAUCUUGGACUGCUUCUUGGUGACCGAAGACAAGCGUCUCGGAGCUUUAGCCAGCAGUGAGGACAGGGAGAAGGCCUUGCUGGUGCUGAGGCAAGUGCCGGUGCUGGAUGCCGGCUCUCUAGAAGGCAUCGCUGAGUUCCAAGUGACCAAAGAUGAUCCACCCGUUGUCUUCGAGGCCUCAGUGGACCUGGUUCGGAUUCCUGGGGCCGAGGCCCUGCUCCAUGCUGACUGCAGCGGGAAGGGGGUGACCUGUGAGAUCGCCCGCUACUUUCACCAGGCCAGACAAGAGGGCGCCAGUGAGAGCACAGCUCGGUUCAUCACCAACAUGUGGGUGUCUGGAGGGGGGCCCAGUGUCUCCAUGGUGAUGGAGACUGUUGGGAAUACUGAGAGUGGAGCUGUCUGGCACUCCAUGCUGAACCUACCCCUGAGCCCGCAGGGGACUGUGCGGACUUCAGUGGUGUUCCAGGUGACGACGCAGACCCAAUCCAUGAAUCGCCUGCUGGGGUCACCCGCCUCCCUGCCCUGUGCCUUCUCCAUGGCGCCAGGCCUGGACCUCAAGGGUGUAGAGUGGCGACUGCAGCAUCAGGGCACUGGCCAGCUGCUCUACAGCUGGAAGAUGGGGCAGGGGCAAGCCAGGAGGGCGGGCGCCACCCUGGAGCCAGAGCAGCUACUUCAGGCUGGCAAUGCUUCCCUCUUCGUACCUAGCCUCACUUUAAAGGACGAGGGAGCCUACAUCUGCCAGAUCACCACCUCUCUGUACCAAGCCCAACAAAUCACCCAGCUGAGCAUCCAAGCUCCCCCCAAAGUCCGAGUCCGCUUGGCAAAUGAGGCUGUGCCGCCCACCCUCGUCUGCGACGCUGCUGGCUACUAUCCUCUGGAUGUGGCGGUGACAUGGACCCGGGAGGAGCCCAGUGGAGUCCCAGCCCCCGUCUCUGGCGCCUCCUUCUCCAGCCUCAGGCAAAGCGUGGCGGGCACCUACAGCAUCUCAUCCUCCCUGACAGCUGAGCCUGGCCCUGCCGGCGCCACUUACAUCUGCCACGUCACCCACGUCUCUCUGGAGGAGCCUCUGAGGGCCAGCAUGCGAGUUGUCCCCCACACAGAGUGGAGAAGGGCCUUUGGAGUCAUGCUGGCCAGCAGCCUCUUUCUUCUGGCGCUGUUGUUCCUGGGGCUUCAAAGGCAGCACGCUUCCUCAAGAUCUGCAAAGGCUGAAUAGACAUCUUCCUGCCUCCAAGUCAAGAGCAGAGUUGUCGGGCUGGAGAGACAGCUCAGAGGUGAAGAUGCUUGCCUCCGAAGCCUAAGGACCCAGGUUCAAUUCCCCAGUUACCACAUAAAGCCAGACACACAACACAGCAUUCAUCUGCAGUGGCUAGAGGCCCUGGCGAGCCCAUUCUCUCCCUCUUCCCACACCUGUCUCUCUCUGUGAUUGGAAAUAAAUAUGUGUUGUUUUGUUCCUUAAAAGUAGAAAGGUCAGCCUGGCACAGUGGCACACACCUUUAAUCCCACCACUUGGAAGGCAGAGGUAGGAGGAUCACUGUGAGUUUAAGGCCAGCCUGGGCUAGAGUGAGAUCCUACCUGGAAAUAAAA